GCAGUAAACGAUUGUUAUAUUUAGUUGGUUGAGUUGUAGCUAAUAACCUUAAAUACCCAUCCACAGGCCAAAUUCGUAUUAUUUUGUUCUUGUGUCGUCUACGUCGACAUACAAAUUCAAUACAUAUGCACAUAUGUACAAGAUUUCUUUGUAUUUUCUCCGUUAAAAUCUAAAGUCUCCUAUACAAGGUCGUGACCAUUUUCAGUUUGCAGAUAUUGAUAUUUUCCCAAAUGUCAUACUAUUGUAGAAGACCUUUUCAAGAUGCUAUAGACAAUUCAAUUAAUCGAUGGCCUCAAGAUGAAAUCGGCAUACUGGAUGGAAAUUGUUCUUUUGAUAUUGACUAUUUAGGAAACGUUGAAGUUUCUGACCCGUCAAAUUCAAAAAUAUGCCAUGCAUCGUUUGUAAAAUUAUAUCAGAAAUAUAUGACAGAUGUUUGCUUUUCGAAUCCAGCCUUAUUGUGGAUUACGGGGUAUGAGUUAAGAAUUGUAGAAAAAAAAUCAAAGAAUUUAAUUUUAGCUCAAAUCAUUGAAAAUAUAGUGUUUUGUGCAUCAGCCAUAGACAACCAAGAUCAAUUUUUCUACACUUGCAGAGAUACUUAUAACAAUCGAUGGUUAUGUCAUUUGUUUGUUGUUAACAAACAAUUAUCGAGUAAUCGACUGUGCAGAGCUGUAGGUUUUGCGUUUCGAGUAUGUCUGAAACGAAAAACCAUACGGGAAGGACUUACUUCGAAUAAUACAAGAUCCAUAGGUUAAAUAAGCAACAGACUAUACAUUUAUUGUACAUCGUCUUUUGUAAGAAACAAGUUAUUAAAAAGUUGUGUUAGAUUAAUAAUUAAAAUAAAUUUAUUGUUUGGACUAAUAA